AUGAAGCUUGUUCGAAAGAACGUCGACAAAACGGGUGAUGGCAGUGUAACCCUGGUACCCGAAGAACCGGAAGAUAUGUGGCAUGCGUACAAUCUCAUCGCUGAAGGCGAUCAAGUUCGUAGCAGCACUAUUCGGAAGGUACAAAAUGAAACCGCUACAGGAUCGUCUAGCAGCAGCCGCGUUCGAACGACACUAACGAUUGCAGUUGAAACGAUAUACUUCGACACGCUGGCACAGGUACUGCGCUUAAAGGGUCGCAACAUAGAGGAAAACCAAUUCGUAAAGAUGGGAGCAUACCAUACUAUCGAUCUCGAGUUGAACCGUGCAUUCACACUCAUGAAGCCAGAAUGGGACACGAUCGCGCUGGAACGCAUCGAAAUGGCUUGUGACGUAACGCAGAAUGCGGACGUAGCCGCGGUGAUCAUGCAGGACGGUUUGGCCCACGUCUGCCUGAUAACGGCCAGCAUGACGCUGGUACGGAGCAAGAUCGACGUGGCGAUUCCGCGUAAACGAAAGGGAAACGUCCAGCAGCACGAGAAGGGUCUGAACAAAUUCUAUGACGCCGUCAUGCAGGGUAUACUGCGGCAUGUAAACUUCGACGUGGUAAAGUGCAUCCUAAUCGCGUCACCCGGGUUUGUGAAGGAUCAGUUCUACGAGUAUAUGUUCCAGCAGGCUGUAAAGACUGACAACAAGGUGCUGAUAGAUAAUAAAAGUAAAUUUAUGCUGGUUCAUUCGUCCUCAGGAUUCAAGCAUUCUCUCAAAGAGGUGCUACAAGAUCCAGCCGUGAUCGCAAAAAUGUCCGACACUAAGGCGGCAGGUGAGGUGAAAGCGCUGGAAACUUUCUACUCUACGUUGCAGUUCGAACCGGCAAAGGCUUUUUACGGCAAAAAACACGUUUGCAAGGCGGCCGACGCGCAAGCCAUCGAAAUGUUGCUGAUUUCGGACAAUCUUUUCAGAUGCCAGGACGUGGCUACGCGCAAGGAAUAUGUCCAGCUGGUGGAAUCGGUCCGUGACUCGGGUGGUGAGGUUAAAAUAUUCUCCAGCAUGCACGUCUCAGGCGAACAACUCGCUCAGCUAACCGGUGUGGCGGCAAUUCUGCGAUUUCCUAUGCCAGAACUUGAGGACAGCGAUAAUGAAGGCAGCGACGGUUCGGAUUCCGAUUGA